AACUCGUUAAGGCGGAGCUAGGGUUCGGGUUGGGUCAUCGCGACGAGCUGAAGAACUUGUGUUCCCAUAUCUAAUCGUGUUCGUGUUCGUGUUGGUGUUGGUGUUGGUGACCGUGGCCAUGGAUUCUCUGUUAGCAAACUACGCUUCUUCAGACGAAGAAGAAGAAGAACAACAACCUCCGAAACCAACCCCAUCUGUUCUACCCAAAACGACGUCGUCGUCGUCGUCUCCUUUCUCUUCUCUUCCUCAGCCCAAAUCAUCAUCAUCAUCAUCAUCAUCAUCUUCUUCUUCCCUCUUCCAAUCCCUUCCUCAACCCAAACAACCUUCCCCUGCAGCUGCAACUUUGUCCAGUUUCAGCGACACCGCUUCCCUCCCCAAACCCAAAAAGGUUGUGCAAUUCAAGCCCCCAAUUAUCCCUUUGCCAAACCCUACCCAACUCGAAGACCAUGACGACGAAGAAGAAGAAGAAGAACGAAACAGAAGAAGAAAGUUGGAGUCAUCCACUCAAACCCGAUCGGUGGAAUCAUUCCUGUCCGGCAUUCCGGCCCCCAGUAACACUGCCACUCUCGGUGUUCAAUCAAGUUCCAGUUCAGGCAGGAGAUCCAUCCUCCAAACCGAUGCACCGACACCGACACCGGCGCCGGCACCGGCGCCGGCGUCUAAUUCUGGUGGUUCUGCUAUGGAGAGCAAUGUUCCCGUUGAUCAAAUUGCUGUGGGUUAUGAUAAUUACCAAUAUGACACUGAACAGUAUGUUAGUUACGGUAAUUAUAGUUCGGGUAUUGAGCCAGAGGCUGCUGGCACUUCUACUUGUUCUUAUGGAAAUAAUGAUGAUAGCUAUGCAAGCUAUGGUGCCUAUGAGGAUUAUGGACAGUAUGCAAAUAACUGGGUUGAUGGGUCGGCGGAGGCGUCUGGGGUUAGUGACAGUACCGUGAGAAUUCCUGGGAAGAGAGGUAGGCAUGAGGUUCCCUCGGAAAUGAUUGAGGUGAAACAAGAAGAGUUAAUUAAGAAUCGGCCAAGAGAGGAUCAGGUUAAGCUAACUGGGAUAGCUUUUGGACCCUCUUAUCAGCCUGUUUCGGCAAAGGGGAAGCCUUCAAAGCUGCACAAGAGGAAGCAUCAAAUUGGUUCAUUGUUUUUUGAUAUGAAACAAAAUGAAAUGAAACUCGCCGAGCGACGAGCAAAGGGCAUGCUUACCAAAGCUGAAACACAAGCAAAAUACGGAUGGUGAUUUGAGGACAAUGCUGUUGUAAUUUUAUGAACUUCCAUUGGAGCGUGAAUUACGAAGUGGAUGUUCUCGUAUGUAGCUGCAGCCCUUGUGUUUCACUGUUCUUUUCAAAUAUGUAUACGUUUGAUCCGUUUUUCAGUGCAAAUGAUGUAUUUCUAUCACAAUCUGACACUAGAAGUUUAGACGGUACAAGUUUUAUCCUUACGAUGAAUA